AAGUCGCCAUGUUGUUUCACCCAAAACAAGAAAGCCUAACAACUAAGAAGAGUUGGAGAUGCCGUCUUGUGCUGCUAAUAAUUGCACAAAUCGUGAUACUCGUGAAAGUCGCGAGAAGGGACUUACAUUUCACAGAUUUCCACACUGCAAUGUUCAACUUCUAAAGCAAUGGGUAGUAAAUAUGCGGAGAGACAGGUGGAUUCCUGCAGCCAGAUCGCAACUCUGUUCAAGUCAUUUCACCGAGGAGAACUUGGACAGGACCGGCCAGACUGUUAGAUUACGACAAAAUGCAGUUCCAACAACAUUUGACUUUCCUGAUCAUCUUCUAAAGGUGGUCAGGAGGCAGAUAUACACAAGUGCAGUCACGCACAGGAAGAACCUGGCAGCCGCUGGUCCGGAAAAGUUCACGAUGGAGUUUAUUGAGAAGCAGGUGGAGGACUUCAACGUCGGCAAGCGGCACCUGGCCAACAUGAUGGGAGAAGACCCAGAGAACUUCACCCAGGAGGACGUAGAUAGGAGCAUCGCCUACCUCUUUCCCUCUGGACUAUUUGAGAAGAAGGCGCGGCCCCUCAUGAAGCAUCCGGAGGAAAUCUUCCCAAAGCAGCGAGCUGUCCAAUGGGGGGCGGAUGGACGGCCGUUCCACUUUCUGUUUUACACGAGAAAACAGGCCUACUACUCCUUGAUGCACGAGACGCAGAGUAAAAUCCUCAACAUCGAGAGGCAUCAGGAUCGGCUACGAGCCAAAGGGCUCUUCUCCAAGGACGUCAAGCAGAUUUCCCUGAGUACAAGCAGGUGGCUCCUGAAGGAGGAGUUGGAGGAGUUGCUUGUGGAGACCAUGUCUGUUCACGAUUACAGUCGCUUCCUCCAGCUAAUGGAGCGACUGUUGUCUCUGCCGUACUGCACCGUGGAGGAGCAGUUUGUCUUAAAUUACCGCCGGCAACUUACAGGCCAAUCCAGAAAGGACACAAUCCCACCAGUCGAGAAGGAUGAAAGGGGCGUGGCCUGCAGCACCGCUGAAGGACGAAGAAAGACGUCCAAUGCCGCCGUGAUCCUGAGAGACGGUGGCUCUGGAUCUGUCAGCAUCAACAAGCAGAAUUACCUCCAGUACUUCCCUGUGCUACAAGACAGAGAACAGCUGAUGUUCCCCCUUCAGUUCAUGGACACGCUGGGACGCUUUGACCUGGAGUGCAGCGUGAGCGGCGGUGGGCGGUCCAGCCAGGCGGGCGCGUUGCGACUCGCCAUCUCCCGAGCCCUUUGCAGCUUUCUGUCGGAGGGAGGUGUGGAGGCCAUGAGGCAAGCUGGUUUGCUGACCCCAGACCCGAGGGUGCGAGAGAGGAAAAAGCCGGGUCAGGAAGGUGCCAGGAGGAAAUUCACCUGGAACAAACGUUGAUACUACACGAACGCGUGAAAGCAUUAAACUCAGUUCAGUAUUCCUGACUUGGGACUGAGAUCCCUCACGCCUGCAAGGGAAACAUUUCAUGCUCAGCCACCUGAUGGCGCCCAUUUGCAGAAAUGACUAACUACGUUGUAUAGUAAUAAAGUUCCAUUGCUUUUCUA